GAAUCCAUUAUCUGUAAUCUAAAAUCUUCUUUUCAACAAACCGUGAAACAGUAUCUCAAAGAAAAAAGAUGGAGUCUUCCAAUCUCCAUAUCUGCACUCCUCAAAUCUCCUCUGCCAUCAUUAAUCGAUCAUAUGCUUUCUUUCACUUCACAGCUUUGAUAUUCUUGUUCUAUUAUAGAGUCUCUAAUUUGCUUCUAUCAAAACCCUUUUAUCCUUAUCUUCUAAUCUUAGUGGCUGAGCUGGUACUUUCUUUUAUAUGGCUAUGUACCCGAGCUUUUCUAUGGAGGCCGGUUUCUCGAACAGUUUUCCCUGAAAGGUUACCGGAAAAUAAAGAGCUUCCGGCUAUUGAUGUGUUUAUUUGCACUGCAGACCCCAAGACGGAGCCGCCGGUGGAGGUCAUGAACACCGUUUUAUCUGCUAUGGCGAUGGAUUAUCCGCCGGAGAAGCUUGCUGUGUAUCUUUCUGAUGACGGAGGAUCUUCUUUGACAUUGAAGGGUAUGAGAGAGGCGUACAUGUUUGCUAGGUCUUGGCUACCCUUUUGUAAAAGGUUUGGAAUUAAGAAGAGGUGUCCUAAGGUUUAUUUUUCAAGCUCAGAAGACGAUCUUCUUCAUUCUCAUGAUAGCGUGGUGUAUGAAGAGGAAAAAGAGAAUAUCAAGAGAAAAUACGAGCAGUUUAAAGAACGAGUGGAGAGAGCAGAAGAAAAUGAUGAGAGUGAAGACGAGAGUAACAUUGGCAAUAAUGAUCAUCCUCCAUUAGUCGAGGUGAUUCAUGAUAAAUCUAGUAACGAUUAUCAAGCAGAGAUACCUCUUCUUGUCUACGUUUCUCGUGAGAAAAGGCCUAAUCUUCCUCACCAUUUUAAAGCUGGAGCACUCAAUGUUCUUCUAAGGGUGUCAGGAAUUAUAACAAACUCUCCUUACCUUUUGGUACUAGACUGUGACAUGUACUGCAAUGACCCAACAUCUGCCAGGCAAGCAAUGUGUUUCCAUCUUGAUCCAAAAAUUUCCUCUUCACUUGCUUUUGUCCAAUUCCCUCAAAAGUUCUAUAACAUCAGUAAGAGUGACAUCUAUGAUGCCCAGAUAAGAACAUUAUUCGUUAUAAUGUGGCCAGGUGUGGAUGGGCUUCAGGGUCCAAUUUUAUCUGGGACUGGCUUUUACAUUAAGAGAAAUGCAUUAUAUGAUAAUCUUUCAUUCAAAAAUUUAGAGCAGCUAAAACAAUCUUUUGGUCACUCAAAUGACUUUAUAAUGUCAGUUCAUUAUAGCAACCAACACAAUAUCCAUGACAAUAGAUACUCAUCAGGCAAACUCUUGCAAGAGGCACAAUUUUUGGCCAAAUCUAUAUAUGAACAACACACUCUUUGGGGUCAACAGAUAGGAUUCUUGUAUGGUUCUGUGGUAGAAGAUUAUUUUACUGGAAUGAUUUUGCACUGUAAAGGGUGGACUUCUGUUUUUUGUAAUCCUUCAAUUCCAGCAUUUUUGGGAAGUGCUACAACAAAAUUGAAUGACACAUUAAUUCAAGGCACAAGAUGGUACUCUGGUUUGAUGGAGGUAACUUUCUCAAGGUUUUGCCCUUUCAUUUAUGGGGUAUCAAAAAUGCCUUUGCUUCAGACACUGUGCUAUGGCUGCCUUGCUCUCCAGCCGGCCUAUUCCUUUCCCUUGUGGUGUUUAGCUACUCUGCCCCAACUCUGUCUCUUCAAUGGCAUCCCUACAUUUCCUAAGGUUUCAAGUGCAUGGUUUAUGAUCUUUUCAUUCAUAUUCCUAGCAUCUUUCUUGAAACAUUUAGAAGAGGUCCUCUCUUCAGGAGGCACAGUCCAAACCUGGUGGAAUGAGCAGCGAAUUUGGAUGAUAAAGUCUGUUACAGCAUAUACAUUUGGCAGUUUAGAUGCUAUCUUGAAGUGUGUUGGAUUGAGAAAAGCCAGUUUUAUUCCAACAACUAAAGUUGCAGAUGAAGGGCGGGUUUCAUUAUAUCAAAAGGGCAAAUUCAAUUUCCAGACGUCAACAAGGUUACUUGCUCCUAUAGUAACAUUGGUCAUUUUGAACAUGGUUUCUCUCAUGGUGGGAGUUGCUAGGAUGUUCAUUGCCGGAGAUUGGAGCAACAUGUUUGGACAAGUUUUACUUUCACUUUACAUUGUAGUGGUGAAUUUUCCAGUCAUUGAAGGGAUGCUAUUGAGGAAGGAUGAGGGUAGUGUUCCAUUUUCUACGAGCCUCUUAUCUUUAGUAUUGUGCAUGACUUUUUUGUAUCUAGGAUCUAUGACCCUUUAGUGCCAAUUGGACAAAAUCCAACCAAUUUGAUCAAUUAUGUAAAUUAGUCCAUUAGGUUAUUUAAAAGUUAAAUCAAUGUAUGUAUAUGGGCUUAAUAAA